AUGAGCUCGCGCGUCGCGAAGCAGCAGCUCAAAGCGUUUCUGAGAGCGACGAAGCAGGAGCCUGAGAAGGCGUCACGGAGGUCCAACGAGCGCAAGAACAGGCGAAUCAAGAAGCAGCUCGAAGAGGCCGUUCAACAGGACCCCAAGCUGUCGAAACGCAGGGCGCUGGAGGGGAACCUGGCGUACCUCGCGACGUCGCAGGCGAAAGGCAAGGGCACGCAGGCGCUCAUGGAGGAGCUGCUGGCGGACAGGGCAGCGAAGCGAUCGAAAGGCCGUCACCAGCGCAGCAACGACGACGACGCCGACGCGGCGCCGCCCGCGCAGAGCACCGCCCCGGCAGCACUAGACCUGGGAGACGACGUCAACCUCGACGACAUCGACAUCGACCUGUAG